AUGUUUACAACAGCAAAGGAAAUCUAUGGGCCACUGUUUUCUGAUAAGAAUAGCACUAAUUCUACAAUAUUAAUUUCCAAUGAAAUUGACAUUAUGAAUGAUCCUCUUGAAGAAACAAUUACAAAUGUCAAAUCGUUUAAUUCUGAAAUUGAAACCACAAAUAAUAAUAAUUCUCUUGAAGAAAUUGAGAUCUUUUUGAUAGAGUGGAUUCUUUUAAUAUAUUCCUAUAAUAUAUUUUAA